AUGGAUUUGGAUAUAGAGUCUCGCCAGAAAGCAGUAUCUCCGUUGAGAAAAUUAGGAACUGACGAGACAGAGUUGGCAACUGUAAUAGGACUCCAAAUAUUUUCUCAGCUGAUACCAGGCAAAAAUCAUGAGAUUAACGAUAGAACUAAGAAUCUACCCAAUGAGUGCCCAUGUCAAUUGCGAGAUUGUAAACAGAAAAUCCCGACUGGAUGUACAACAUUCAGAUUAGAGACCUUGUAUUUUACAGCUUCAGAUGAAACUUGGCACGGCUAUGUGGAUAUAUUGUUAAAUCAGACAGUAGCCGUCUUAGUGUUAGAAAACUCAUCAUUAUCUGGAGACCAGUAUCAAGGUGAUGAUAGUGGUGGUGGUGAUGAUGAUGAAACAGCGGAAAUUCCAGGUCCACCAGCUUCCAAACAAUUACGUAGAGUAAGCAGCGAACACGAUCCUUGUGAGAAAGUUCAGACUGGAAAAUGCAGCAAGUCCCCCCUGCUUCAUUUUACCGUCAUUGACCAAAUUAUUGCAGAAACCAUUACAAAUCCAUUUACUCAUUUAAGGAGCAGAGCUUUGUCAGGAUGGUUUAUCACUACAUUUGGAUGUACAUUGUGGUUUUUCUGUAUGAUCCAAAAAAUGAUGUCCUUCCACAGCUCAUACACAAAUUAUCUAUUUGGUAACGAACAAACCAACUGUCAGUCACAACUGGUGUUUCAUAUUUGAAUGUUAUUGAAUUUCACGGAGUUUAUGCGCAAAAACGUUGCAGAUAAAUAUAGAUUUAGCAAUUCAAACUUCCAUGGUAUUGCUGGGAAGUUAUUGAAGGAUCGCAAAAAUCUUGUAUCUGGAAAAACGUUUGGCAUCGGUUUGAAUACAAUGAUUUUUAUUCUGAGAGAGUAUUACAAACAGUUAUGUUACAUGGAAAAGAAGUUAGUAAACAAUAGAAUGUACGUUAAAUUAUAAUCUCCUUAUUUUGAAGAUGAAUAUUACCAUUAUUUCUCUAACAUAUAAAUUGAA